AUGGCAACGCACGGAUGCGAUAAAACGCCCCAACCCGAGCCCUGUUAUCCACCCGCAGUGCCUUGGGUAGAAAGUAGCGCAGACCUUCCAUACAUUCCUCUCGAGGAUGCAAGCAAACCCCAACAGCAAAAGGUGCAUAAAGACCAAAUGUUCCAAAAAUCUUCAAAGUCGCAAGAAGACGACUCGCGACAGUCUGCUGUUAAACAACAAAACAUCAACAUUCCACUUGAGCAAUACGUCAAAUUCCGUGUCGAUGAAGUCGAACUCAAGAAGCUGUCAACGGAGAACGCGCUUCUCAUUGCGGAGAACAAAAAGAUCAAAGAAGAGUCGCUUUCUUGGAAAUUGCGAUAUGAAGAAUGUAAGGAGGUGUACUACAAGAAGAUGCAUGACCUCUAUCUGACUAAAACAGAGAAAAACACGAUAUUAGAGCGGUCCGAGCUACUCGAGAAAACUCUAACAACCUUUUCCAAAGCUAAAGACAUAUCAACGUCGGGUUCAAGCGAAGUCAAAGACGAGAAGUCCUCCGAACGCACGGAAAAGACGCGAGAACAGUCGAGGGACGCGAGUGGAUAUUCCAGUCGCCUUUCCGAUUCCAAGAAGCCAAUUCCAAAAUCAGAGCAAAGUCAAAAGCCCGAGAAAACAAAAACAAAGAAAGACGACGGUGAUAAGAAAGAGCGUAAAGAGCGAACAGUAGAGCCGACUAAAUUGACUGACGGGGAGUAUCAAUUGUAUUACGAAAAGUUGAGUGCCGUAUACGACAGUAUUAAAGACUGUACUAUCAAUGUGAUGUCUCUCGAAGACGGGAAAGAGAACCAAUUGAUGGACAUCCGGUAUUUACAAUUACUUGGUGUGAUGAAACAACUGCUUGAGACAAAGCGUGGGUUUAGGGUCUUAGAAGGAAAGCCAUGCGUCCAAUCUUCCGUGCUGUUGGAAGAGUUUUGCAAGAUGAAUAACAUGAAGUGCAUCAAUUUGUCCGAAGAGGAGAAUAAAAUAGCAAGAAGGCGGGUCGUCGGACAACUCAACAAAUGUAUUAAAAUAUUUGAGCAGAAAAGAAAGAACGAAAACUCUCCAGUGCACUUGAGGGUGGUCAAGAAAAGAUAUCCUCACAUACAACUGUUAAUUGUAUGA